UUGCUUAUUUUUCUCGCGAGAUCUGUCAAAACUGAAAGCAGGAAGCAGUCAAGCACCCACCCCACGUGGAGCCGGCUGCACAUGUCAUCGAAACAUAGACACACUGAAAACUCCCUGUAACGAGACAGCAGCCUGAUUCGGUUUUGCCAGCCUUUCCCUGUUCCUUGUUUUUAAUCAACCAAACAUCAAGCUUCCCAAUCUAUCUAUACUCUGUCAUUGUUUGCUGACCGCCAAAAAACCUCAAAGAAAAAGAAGAGAGCACCAACAGCAAACUCUCCUUUCAACCAUUGAAAUGCACGGGUCCUUACUUAUGGCCACUAUAUGGCUAGGAUAUGGAUAUAUGGAGUCUACUGAUGCUGUUUGGAGCAAAGUGAUCACAUUUAAGGCUGGAGACAGUGUUACUUUUCUGUGUCUGAGCAAUCAUACCGUGGAAUCAUGUGAGUGGCGCAAAUCUGGAAUGGAGCAAGACGAGUAUCUCAUACGGUGGAGAGGAAAGCGCACAUGGGGAUGCAACCUGGAUCUGUCUCUUUGUGGUCGAGUGGUGCGGAGCGAUCUAACGACGGACAGAAGCGCUUCUAUUGUUCUGAAGACAACCGACGCCAGCGACGAAGGAACCUACGAGUGUGAAGCUGCGAGUGACGCCGUAGGAAGCAAACAGGAACUCAUCUGCAUCUUUGAGCUGAAGUUUGAAGGUGGUGGAAACAACACUGGCCCUGAUCAUGUGACCACUUUGUCAGAUGGUAAUGUGGUCGUAAUAAUUUGCCUAGCCUACAUCUUAAUCGCUGUGCUGAUCGUUGGGAUUCAUUUAUGCUGGAAGUCCACCCCAGGGAAAGAUGCUCGGCUCAAAGAAACAAACAACACAAACGCAGAAAAGGAAGAUCUGCUGAAAGGGACCAAGGACCUGAACCCUCCAUGAAAAAAAAAAAAACAGUGAAGCAAGGCCAACUUUAAUCUCUUCUUUCGCCAGUCUUUCGCCAGUUUCAAGCUGCUCUGUAUCUGCAAAUAGUACUUUAUUACAUUCCAGUAAUUCAAGCUCAGGUAAAUGUUGUUACACUGUCCAGCUAAAGCCAUCCUCACAAUCAGAAAUGGGCUUAUUUGUUAUUCUGCCGUAAAAAAAAAAAAUAUAUAUAUAUAUAUAUAUAUUCUGGCUCAGCCCUAGUCUGGGAAAUAUGCUCCAGUGAUACAGUUCAGAGUUCAGUAAUAGCCACCAUGCAGCUUACAUGCCAGUGUUUUUACCCUUUAGAUGCAUUCAUUUUGAGAAUUGUGAGAAAAAAAACAAAGUACAGAAUAUACUAAGUUUUUUUUUUUUUAGACCAAGGACCCCUUUACUGAGACAGAGAAACGUAGCAUUUUAGGCGAUACUGCCCAGCAUUAGUGUUCACAUAUAAAGAAUUUGCCCUGUAGCUGCCUACCCACCGACUGUGCCUUAGUUUCAAUAUUGGAGAGAGCGGUGGACAAACUAAAGUAAGCCAAAGUAAUUUUAAAUGUACAUUUGAAAUGAUGUAGAGAAUGAAAUGUGUCAAAUGUUUACUUAAUAUGAAAACUAGGGAUGCACCGAACCAAGAGUUUGUUUCGGAAUUCGGCCGAACUUUGGGCUUUUUGACGGAGUUUGGGUACUGCCGAACGGUACCAAAGAGAAGUAACAAGAGGCGAAACUAGAGAAAAAGAGGCGAACGUUUCUGCUCUUGCCAAAGAGUAUAGAAGUAAUGAGGCAAAACUCAAUAGAACGUUCCAUUGCAAACAAACGCACCGUAGGCAGUAGGCUGUGAGAAAGUGAAAAUGGAACUGGUGAGCAGAAAAAGUUGUUGUUUGGCAGUACUUUCAGUCAAAAGAAGGCCAUUCAAGUCCAGCUA